AUGACCGGUCGCCAGGUUUCACACGGGCGCGGUGGUGCAGGGAACAUAUACUCCAGAGACAGCACGACCGACCCCAAGGACCUCGUCACACCUACCAUCAAGCAGGACAUCUUCACGACGGGCCGUGGGGGGUCAGGGAAUAUGAUGCACAAUGAUCCAGAGCACCCAGAGCUGGCACGAGAAAGCCAGGACGUGGAGGAGCCGCCGGUGCGCUCCGAAGAAAACGUCCAGUUUGCGGGACGAGGCGGCGUUGCCAAUGUGUUCAUCCCUGCGGUCGAAGAAGAGCUGCUGCAAAGAGUGCACACCAACGCAGGCCAGGCAGGGCUGGAACGGACAAAUUCGAAAGAGCGGCCCAAGGAGGUGCCUGGGAAGCUAGCAGGCAUGACCAACAAAACACAAAACACCCCGCAUCAAGAAGGUCGUUCUUUAUUGUGCAUGCAUAAGAAUGAGCAAAUAAAUGGAUGA